UCCUGGGCCCAACUGGCGAUGCAGGUGACUUAACGCUCGAAGCGGUGCUUCUUCCUACUCUCGUCAGUCAUUCAUCCCCUUCCAGACCGUGGCUGUGUGGAGCGGCAUUUCGCCAUGGAUGGCCUCGAGUUCUUCUUUGAGGAAGCAGAAUCAGGAUUGGUUCCUAAAGCUCAUGCGGGAGAUUUAUUGGGUGGAGGAAUCGAUGUUGUGGAGUCUGUGGUUGCUUCCAUCCAUGAAGGUCACGGGUGCUCCUCUGGUGUGAUUUCUUCUGAGCCGAUGGAUGACAGCAGCGCCAAAGAGCAGUUCCGAGUGGUGGGCGUGAAUUUCGGCUCAUACAACAACGGUGGGAGCGAAGUGGUUGGCGACUCGAACGAUAUGGCGGCUGAGGAAACUUCCUAUGCGUCAAUGGGAGAUGAGGGAGAUGCAGAGGGGGUCGUCGUCAACAAAUCAAAGGCCUCGUGUUGGACUCGACGUGUCAGGAUUGGCAACGCGCCAGAAGAGAGGGAUGCCAACCCAAGCAGAGCCCGUGCCCUCGAGGCUUCAAUGAGAGCUUAUGCAGACAACAAGGUUGACACGGUUGUUAACCCGGCGAUCGGAACUAGUUUUGACACGGUUGAAGAAGCGUAUGCGUUUUACAACCUAUAUUCCUGGGAGACGGGGUUUGGCGUUCGGUAUGCCAAAAGCAGGUUGAACGUCCAUCAGAAAAAGUGCAUACAUGAGUUUGUAUGCACGUGUGCGGUAGGAUGAUUCAUUAAUUCAGACAACACUAAAAGUUUCCCCGCCACUGCUGUCGUGGUACUAAGUCUGACAGUAGAAUAGGGGGUAGGUAUGAAGAGGCAAGAUCCUAGCUAUGGAGUAGUUGUAUACGCAAGAGAUUUACGAGUUCAGGCCCUUCUCGGAGGAAGUAACACCCUACGUCUCGGAGCCCGAAGGCGGUCGACUAGAUUAUAUGCGUAUGAAUUACAGAGGUGCCAACCCCUCUGCCAGUGGAGGGGGGUGGCUUAUAUAGAGGAUGCCAAGACCCCACCCAGCCCACGUAGCGGAGGGUUUAAAGUACAUUAAGGCCUGGCGUUACUGAUAACGCCUUAC